UGAACACAACCAGGAAGGGGACGAAGUCACAGCAGAGCUUCGUACGCACAGAGGAAAGGAUUUACAGCUCCUCUCCAACGAACCAACAGCUAGCUGCUUUUAGCUGAGUUGAUUAGGUUGAGUUUGGUAGGUUUCUCUCCUUGUCUUGUUUUUUUCUGUGGAUUUGGGAUUUUUGAUCGAGUCAAGAUGGUGGAUUUACAAGAGUACCUGUGGAUGGUGAUCCUGGGCUUCGUCAUAGCCUUCAUCCUGGCGUUCUCUGUGGGGGCCAACGACGUGGCCAACUCGUUCGGAACGGCGGUGGGGUCAGGGGUGGUGACGCUGAAACAGGCCUGUAUCCUGGCGUCCAUCUUUGAGACGUUGGGUUCCAUGCUGCUUGGAGCCAAGGUGGGGGAGACCAUACGGAAAGGCAUCAUAGACGUCAACCUCUACAACGAGACGGUGCCUGUUCUCAUGGCGGGGGAGGUCAGCGCCAUGGUCGGUUCAGCGAUUUGGCAACUCAUCGCCUCUUUCCUCAAAUUACCCAUCUCCGGGACGCAUUGCAUCGUGGGUUCGACCAUCGGGUUCUCCAUGGUGGCCAUUGGCACCAAGGGCGUACAGUGGAUGCAGCUGGUCAAGAUUGUUGCAUCCUGGUUCAUCUCUCCCCUCCUGUCAGGAAUGAUGUCAGGGUUCCUCUUCUUUCUUAUCAGACACUUCAUCCUUAAUCAGGAUGACCCGGUGCCCAACGGUCUCCGUGCCCUGCCAGUGUUCUACGCCUCAACGAUAGGCAUCAACGCCUUCUCCAUCCUUUACACAGGAGCACCAUUGCUAGGUCUGGAGAUGUUACCGGUGUGGGCUAUAGCUCUGAUCACGCUGGCGGGGGCUCUGGUCUGUGCUGCCGUGGUCUGGUUCGCUGUCUGCCCCUGGAUGAGGCGGAAGAUAGCAAGUAUCACACAAUGUGCCUCUCUGAAACGAAACAACCACUGCCAACCGAUGUGGUCUUUCAUCACCUCUGGCCCAAAGUAA